AUGGCCAAAGCCCGCGCGUCGCUCCAGCGACAGGCUGAGGAGUUGGAAAUGCACCACGAAGACGUGAAGGGCGCCGACCCCGAGGAUACUCUGGACGAGAGCGCCGACCCGCUCGAGGAGAGCGGCCGCACCAUCGACACGAGCGAGGACGAAGAGGUUGACGAAAUGGUUGCCGAGGACAUUGAGCGCUUCGAGAACAGCUUCGUGGGCAUCAACAAGCGCUAUCGGUUGAUCAAUCGCAUCGGAGAAGGCACCUUCUCGACAGUAUACAAGGCCGAGGACCUGGAGUACUACAAGUACAACAACCGCUGGGAUAUCGAAGAGCGCGACCGGCGCAAGUGGUCGUCACCCGCCAGCAAGGCCAAACGUUCGGCGCGCAAACCCCACUAUGUGGCCAUCAAGAAGAUCUACGUUACCAGCAGCCCGAUCCGCAUCUUCAACGAGCUCGAGCUGCUCUUCGAUCUCAAGAACUCAGAUUCAGUAUGCCCGCUGAUCACGGCGUUCCGCCACCAAGACCAGGUCGUGGCCGUACUACCUUACUUCCAGCACCAGGACUUCCGCGACUACUACAAGGACAUGAAGGUUUCUGAGAUGCGGCUUUACAUGAAGAGCUUGUUCACUGCGCUUCGAGAGGUGCACAAGAAGAAGAUCCUGCACCGCGACGUGAAACCGACAAACUUCCUCUACAACAAAUGGCAGACUCGCGGCGUUCUCGUCGACUUUGGUCUUGCUGAGCGGGAGGGAACCGAGUGGCAUCAGUGCAACUGCACCCUUCCAUCUGAUGAGCGCCGUUACAGAAUUGCUCACAGCGUCUAUGCUCAGAAUCAACAGGCCGGACAUCAAACCACCAGCUACCCCAAGAACGACACGCGUGGCAGCCGUCGGGCUAACCGCGCUGGAACCCGUGGGUUCCGCGCCCCUGAGGUGCUCCUGAAAUGUACGCAGCAGACCACCAUCAUUGACAUGUGGAGCGCGGGUGUCAUCCUCCUUACGCUCUUGACUCGCCGCUUCCCCUUCUUCCACAGCGCCGACGAUAUCGACGCACUCCUGGAGAUCACGACAAUUUUCGGACGGAAGAAGAUGAAGGAGGCUGCUCUUCUGCACGGACAAGUGUUUGAGACCAACAUCCCGAGCUACAGCGAGCAUGGCCAUAGCCUCGAGAAGAUCAUUCUCUGGUGCACUGGCCGCACCGACUCUGAUAAGAAUGCGCCAAAGAAGGAGCUCGACGAAGAAGAGAAGGAGGCCGUGGCUUUUCUUUACAAGCUGUUGGAGUGCGAUCCUGCCCGGCGAAUCACUGCAGAGGAGGCUUUACGACAUCCCUUCCUAACCAAAGCAUACGCGGAUAGUGAAGCGGACGAAGACAUGGUAGACCUCAAUGAGGUCUGA